AUGUCAGUUGAAUACCGCGGCAUUGUUGGUGAAACCAAGCCAAGGACUAGUCGGCUGCAUUUGUCUUACAGGACCGCACAAAACAUGUUACACGACGGGAAUGACUAUCAGCCGAAUCUACACACAAAUACCAGCAACAAGAAAAGAAGAUGCAUCUUAUAUACUAUAGCAGUGAUCAUAGGACUUUUUGUUGUAUGUACUUCCGUAUUGCUGUAUGAAUUUGGACCUAUGGGCGAUAAUAUGUCAUCUUCAUCAAACAUGAAGCUACCACAUCCUUUACUACGACGAUCUGUAAUCAACAAUCCUGUAUUCACACCAAUCAGUGAUCAAGCUGGAGAAUUUCUCAGGGACAUCCGAGUCGCUGAUCAUUGUCACCUACCUGAUGCUCCUUCUUUGGGAAUGGAAGACUUCUACAUGAAGGAUAAAUAUACUUUGGAACAAGUUCAUGUUGUCUUGUCAUCAGGGGAGACAACUCCACAACAACUCCAUUCUGACAUUCCACUGGCUGACUGCCAGUAUAAAUCUGAUGAUACUGGACUGCAUGAUGACUUUCCAGCUAUUGUCAAUGGAUACAUCAGGGCAAACAAGGCACACUCAGAAUUUAUCACCCACACGAUCUCGCAUGAAAGGAAAUGUCCCCCAGGGCAGUUAUCUCCCUUAGGAAUGGCAAAGUUAAAACAACUUGGACGAUAUCUGCGUGAUACUUAUGCGAAUCUGAUUAGAAAAGGAUCAAAAUUACAUCAUCCCAAUAAGUUGAUUAAAGUUUUAAGUGGACAGGAUUCUAGUUCAUUCCAUUCUACUCUGUCUUUCCUCAGUAGCUUUUUACCACACAAGGACUUCCACAAGGUCAGUGUGGAGAAAGUGACCAAUCAGCUUUGUGAUAAGUCACAGACAGACUGCCAAUGUCCAAACACAGCUCGCUCUCUCUCUAUUCUUAUGAACAAUAUCUCCACACAGGACUCGAAAUCACAGCAACAUGAAAACAUGUCAUUCAAUAAAUUUUUUGAUAAUUUCCAGAAAAAUAAUUUGAGUGCUGUAGAAGCACUUGGUCAGCUUUCUCCUCUUAUAUGUGACAAAUCCCUUCCUUCAGCAGGAUGUCAUGGUAACCGUUGUUGGAAUAUAACAAGGUCACAUGUUUUUAAAUUAUUUCAAGCUGUAGAUAAGCAUACACAGAAUUGGAUGAAUAUGAUUCCCAACAGGGAGCACAGUCGCCUUCAUGUGUAUCCAUUUAUUACUUCGUUAGUUAAAUCCUUUAAGAACAUUCACCUUUCAGCAUCUCCAAGAAUUUUCGUUUACACAAGCACCGAAGAAUUCAUGCUUCAGUUGCUGACAGCCAUUGAGAACAUAUUGGACAAGUUUCCACGUCCAGGAUCGCGACUUGUCUUUGAACUUUUGUCCGCUUCACAGAAACAGAAAAAACGUUACUUUCUGCGUGUUCUGUUCAAUGGUCGUGAUGUUACUACAAACAUUCCUCUCUGCAGUCAUCGUAAAGGUGAUGGAAUCUGUCCAUUGAAGUACUUUGUGGAUUAUCACAGUAUAAAUUUUAAGAAUAUGUUUUCAAAAUCAAAUUAUACAGAAAGAUGUUUAUGA